AUGUCUCUUAGAUCAGGAACAGGUCAGCUACACAACAUUUACGGGUCUCUAAGACCUAUGUUUAGAGCUGGUACUCUUCAAAGUGCAAGAUUUGUAUCUCAGACUUCUACUCACAAAAACAGUGCUGUGGCAUUCGACGCUGUAAACCCAAGUACUAAGAUGAGUGCUGAUGUAAAGGCUCCAAGUUCGGUAGCCUAUUUGAAGACCCUAUCUAAACCAGAACUUUUCUCUUUAGGUGUUAUUGGAUGUGUCACCACAAGUAAGCAUUUGUUGAACUUGGUUAUCGGAUUAUUUCCUUAUGUGCCUAUGUUCCUUAUCAAAAUAUUUGUUUCCAGGCUGUACUGCGGUGGUGAUAACGUCGAAGAAGUUAGACAAUGUGGUGAACGUCUGCAGAAACGUGGUAUCAGUAACAUGAUGUUGUCCCUAACUAUUGAGGAUUCCGAAGGUGUGAAGAACAUCGAUAUCAACCACAUCGUUAAGGAAACUAUUAGAUCUGUGCACGAAGUUUUGAAACCAAACCUUCUGAAUCAACUUGAAACUGCUGUCGAUGUUAACGAUGUAGCUCCCGGUUACAUUGCCUUGAAGCCUUCUGCGUUAGUGGCUAACCCAAGUCAAGUCCUUUUGAAUUUCAAGAAUCCUGCAUGGAAAGAACAGCGUGACCAAUUGGUUAACAACUGUGCUGCCAUUACUCAAACCGUUUACGACUUGAAUCAAGAGUUGUUGAAGAAAUACCCUACCAGAAAGGCUCCAUUCUUUGUUUCUACCAUCGAUGCUGAAAAAUACGAUUUACAAAACAGUGGUGUUUAUGAAUUGCAAAGAAUCCUUUUCGAAAAAUUUAACCCUGCAUCUAGUCCUAUUGUCUCUUGUAUUGGUACCUGGCAAUUGUAUUUAACCGAUUCUGCCGAAGAAUUGGAAAUUGAACGUCAAAGAGCUGAACGUGAAGGUUACAAGUUAGGUCUUAAAUUGGUUCGUGGUGCUUACAUUCACUCUGAACCUGAUCGUAAUGUGGUCAUUCAACCAUCAAAGGAAGCUUCUGAUAUUAACUACAACACUGUUAUGACUAAAGUAAUCCAAGAUCUAUCCUCUAACGGUAAGAAUUCAACCUACGGUCAUUUGGUGGUUGCAUCUCAUAACUACUACUCUCAAAUGUUGGCCACUGAAGAAUUGAAAGGUAAGGAAAACACCUACGGUAAAUGUAAUGUCGUGCUAGGUCAAUUGCUGGGUAUGGCUGAUAACGUUACCUAUGAUUUGAUAGAGAACCAUGGUGCAAAGAAUAUUAUCAAGUACGUUCCUUGGGGACCACCAUUAGAAACCAAGGAUUACCUAUUGAGAAGAUUGCAAGAAAACGGUGAUGCUGUUAGAGCUGACAAUGGUUGGCCAUUAGUGAAGUCCAUUGCCAAGUCUUUAUUCAGAGCAUGA